ACAUUUUCAGAGGCAUGUGACAGCACUGGAGAAGGUGCAGAGGAGAUUUACCAGGAAGUGCUCGGGCUGGAGAGUUUGUUAUGAAGAGCGUAUGGCCAAACUGGGGUUGUUUUUCUUGGAGCAUAGCAGAUUGUUAUGGGAUGUGAUUGAGAUGUAUACAACUGAGGGUUGUAGACUGGAAGAAAUGUUUCCCUUUGUAAUGACCAGAGGUAUAGCUUUUAGGUCAGGGGCAGAGGUUUUGGGGAGCUAUAAGGAAAAACCUUUCACCCAGAGGGUGGUGGGAGUCUGGAGCCUACUGUCCGUGAGGGUGGUCAAGGCAGAAACCUCUUUGUUUUUGAUAUGCAUUUGUGAUGCCAAAGCAUAAAAGACCAUGGACCAAGUGCAGGAAAAUGGGAUUAGAUUAGUUAGGCGGUUGUUUUUAACUGGCACAGACUCGGUGGGCCCUUUUCUGUGCAGUAAAUAACUGGCCAGGUCUUCAAAUUCUCCAUUGCAGUUUAAUUUCUUGACUCGACCAGAAGAAUGCAGUGCAUGGUGCCUCACUGAUAAUGUUCGAGUGAGUGAGAACACGGGUGAGGUGGUUUGAGGGGGAAACCAUGUUGAAGGCACUGUCUCCUUCUCAAGCCAGAGAAGGUAGAUGAGAUAAUACAAAACAAACUCCUAUGUCACUGUGGAAGAGAAGUUCAAACACUGACAUCCCACUGAGAGAGCAAGUUCUCUUCUUCUUUGGCCCCUUUAUUUUUUAAAUGUGACCUCUGCAAGGGGGAAACAUCAUUUCCCAUUCACCCCAUUAAGCUCUCUCAGGAUCUUGUAUAUUUCAAUAAGAUUGCCUCUCAUUCUUACGAACUUCAGUGAGUAUAGCUAAAACUUCCUCAAUGUUUCUUCAGAACAUAUCUGCCUUUGUCCCUUUGUCUCAUGUUCCACUAAAACAUAUCUCUCCCCAGGUAAGGAGGCUAAAGAAAUGCACAGCAUGUGGUCUCACUAGUGCUCCAUUCAGCUGUAGCAAAACUCCUGUUGUUUAAUACUCCAUCCAUCUUGCAAUAAAGGCCCAUAUUCUUACAUUCCAUUUGCUUCCCAAAUACUUGCUGUAUCUGACUGCUAAUAUUUUGUGAUAUUGUGAUUUUUGUCGAUAAGGACACCUGGGUCUCUGUGUUUGUGGACUUGGCUUAUUAAGGGCUGAACUGAUUUUCUAUUCAUUGUACCAAAGUGGGCCACAUCACAUUUUCACACCAAUCAGUGAUAAGAAUGGGGAUGGUGUCAUUAAAGGGGAUGGUGAGGAUACUGUCAUUAAAGGGGAUGGUGAGGAUGACGGAGUCACAGGGUCACUGGGAUGUUCCUAAGCUAUUGGCCGCAAUGAACACCCAACACCUGAGUGGAAAUGGAGUGUUCAAGGUUCCCCUGCAACAAGGGACUGCGGUGGGGUUUUCUGCUUCAUGUUUACACGGUACUGGUGUCAGUUACUGAUCUGAGCCUCUGUCUGCAACAGAACCGAACAAACAUGACGUAUGAGAAAAUGUCGCGAGCUCUCCGCCAUUACUACAAACUCAACAUCAUUAAGAAGGAGCCUGGCCAGAGACUCCUGUUCAGGUUCAUGAAAACUCCGGAUGAGAUUGUGAACAGUCGGUCUGAUCGCCUUGAACACCUCGAGUGCCAGGAAAUGGAGGAGCCUCUGUACCAGGACGAGGAAUGCUGAGUGCUCUGACUAUGGGACAUCACCAGAUGUGGAGGAUGUGCCAGGCUAUAGCAGCUGUCAGGCUGGCAGUGCCAGUGUGUAAGAGGAUGCUGCAGACUGAGACCCAAACUGCUGUCCAGUGAAUCGCUGUAUCUCCCCUCCAUCUGCUGCUUCACAAUGUGAUCGCUCUCAGCCUUCUACUGGACAAACAAUUGGGAGAGAGUGAGGGCAAGCGCAGUAUCAGUCUGGAACCUACUCUGUUGCUGCCACCUCAUUGCAGGCCUUUAAAUAAUGCCGGGCUUUGUGAACCACAUCAACUUCCUCAAAACAGGAACUAUGGCAGGUUGCCAGUGUGGAGCUGGACCUAUAUUACUCUGUGUCACUCUACUCAGCGCCCUGCUGACCAUCGCACUAUUUACCCUUCAUGAUCAUAAACUUGAAUUUGUAGUGAUUUUUUAAAAAAAAAACUGCACAAGUUGAGUCUCUGUCUCUCUUUUGAGCUCAUACUGAGGAUCUACAUUUCUUACUAGAAAACACACUUUGUAAUGAUUCUUUUUAAACAAUGCUACAUCUGGAAUUAAAAUGAGAAUGAUUGGA